UUAUAUCCGUCGCUCGGCAUGCACGAAGGCCCAUCUACCAUCGAACCAGUGCCCCAAGACAAAUUCAGAAAAUAGCUAAGAAGUUGAAAAUGGCAAAACCAUAAAGAGCGUCGUAAACUUCUCUCGCUUCUCCUUUUAUUUUCUCGAGAACUCUUUUCUCGAGAGCUCGGGGAGGGAGGGGGUGGAGUUCUUCUGUCGCUUUUUCCUUGCCCUCCCCUUUUCUCCAUGUCAAUCUGUCGGACAAAGCCCUCUACUUUCUAUCCGGAACCCUAAUUCACUAGAGCCCCCUUCGGUUGGGUUGCCACGAAGCCCUGCUCGUUCUCGUAUCAGUUCCGUUCGUCGUCUUCGCGAUUCUGGGGAGGGACAUUCUUGUCAGUGGUUACUCAUUGUUUCCUGGUGAUUUGAAGAAAAUAUGUUGUUUGUUUCUGCUGCUAGGUAAUUUGCGAGUAUAUCAUGGCUAUGAUAGACGAGCCUCUUUAUCCAAUAGCCAUAUUGAUAGAUGAGUUAAAAAAUGAGGAUAUUCAGUUGCGUUUAAACUCCAUCAGAAGGUUGUCUACGAUUGCACGAGCUCUAGGUGAGGAAAGAACUAGGAAGGAGUUGCUUCCUUUCCUGAGUGAGAACAAUGACGAUGAUGAUGAGGUGCUUCUUGCAAUGGCGGAAGAGUUGGGGGUGUUUAUUCCUUAUGUGGGUGGUGUAGAAUAUGCUCAUAUUCUGCUCCCACCUUUGGAAACUCUGUGUACUGUUGAGGAAACAUGUGUCCGAGACAAGGCUGUGGAGUCAUUAUGUCGAAUUGGUUCUCAGAUGAGGGAAAGUGAUCUGGUCGAUUGGUUUAUUCCAAUGGUGAAGAGAUUAGCAGCUGGUGAGUGGUUUACUGCACGUGUUUCAUCAUGUGGGUUAUUUCAUAUUGCUUACCCAAGUGCAUCAGAAAUGCUCAAGGCAGAGCUAAGAUCUAUAUAUAGCCAGUUGUGUCAAGAUGACAUGCCCAUGGUUAGAAGAUCUGCUGCAUCAAAUUUGGGAAAAUAUGCUGCUACUGUUGAGUCUAGCCACUUGAAGACAGAUAUAAUGUCAAUUUUUGAGGACCUAACACAUGAUGAUCAAGAUUCUGUUCGCUUAUUGGCUGUUGAGGGAUGUGCGGCACUAGGAAAGUUGUUAGAGCCUCAAGAUUGUGUAGCUCAUAUACUUCCUGUAAUUGUUAAUUUUUCCCAGGAUAAAUCUUGGCGCGUUCGCUAUAUGGUUGCAAAUCAAUUAUAUGAACUUUGUGAAGCUGUUGGUCCUGAGCCUACAAGAACGGACCUGGUGCCUGCAUAUGUCCGCCUUCUACGAGAUAAUGAGGCGGAAGUCCGUAUUGCUGCUGCGGGAAAAGUAACCAAAUUUUGCAGGAUAUUGAAUCCACAACUUGCAAUUCAGCACAUUCUUCCUUGUGUCAAGGAGUUGUCAUCAGAUUCUUCUCAACAUGUACGUUCUGCUUUAGCAUCUGUUAUAAUGGGCAUGGCACCUGUUCUCGGAAAGGAUGCAACUAUUGAGCAGCUUCUUCCUAUCUUUCUAUCCCUACUAAAAGAUGAAUUCCCGGAUGUGCGGCUGAAUAUUAUCAGCAAGCUUGAUCAAGUAAAUCAGGUUAUUGGAAUUGAUCUCUUGUCACAAUCCCUCCUUCCAGCUAUUGUGGAACUUGCUGAGGAUAGGCAUUGGAGAGUUCGACUUGCUAUAAUUGAAUAUAUUCCUUUAUUGGCAAGCCAGUUGGGUGUCGGAUUUUUUGAUGAUAAGCUUGGUGCACUUUGCAUGCAGUGGCUGGAAGAUCAGGUUUUCUCUAUCCGUGAUGCUGCAGCAAAUAACUUGAAGCGUCUUGCUGAAGAAUUUGGCCCAGAAUGGGCAAUGCAUCAUAUAAUCCCUCAGAUUUUGAACAUGAUUGCCAAUCCACACUAUUUGUAUCGGAUGACAAUCCUGCAUGCAAUUUCUCUACUUGCACCUGUUAUGGGACCUGAUGUCACUUGCAACAAGCUAUUGCCUAUUGUCGUCAACUCCUCAAAGGACAGGGUGCCUAACAUCAAAUUUAAUGUGGCAAAGGUUCUACAGUCCCUCGUUCCAGUAGUUGAACAAUCAGUAGUGGAUCAGACAAUCAGACCUUGCUUGGCUGAACUCAGCGAAGACCCAGAUGUUGAUGUGAGAUACUUUGCGAGUCAGGCUGUUCAGGCAUGUGAUCAGGUGAUGAUGUCUUCUUGAUGGUCUUUUCUAACGGAUGUAUUUUGACGGCCACUAGCUUAGGAAUUCCAGCUAAGGUAGUUUUUGUACCAAAGUAGUUCUGGACAUUCGAGGAGAACUUCUCAGGUUUUGUGGUAUUCGUCUUUUGUCUCAUAAAAGGUUUUUCCUUGGGUUUUUUACAUUUAUUGUGUCUUCUAUCAUCUUAUUUUGGAUUUUCUAUUGUUUUAUUAGUCAUAUAAUACAAAUGAUGUGCUUCUCCAGUCUUGUUACUA